GCGACUGCUGUUAAAAUAGAGGUUAAGGGCGUGCAUAAUUCCCGGAGGUAUCCCUAAAAGGCUCCAGCACAAUACACGGCCCAACGACCCAACAGACGAUGUCACAGUACCAAAACAGAAUCUGAGGGAUGAGUUGUUUCGAUGAUCCCCGUUGACUCCGAAUGAAUUUUAAGGUGGGACCAGUUGGGAUGGUUAGAUAAUUGUCUUAUCUUUACAACCAUAUAAAUUUUGUCGCAAUCGGAGUCCGGAUGCGUCUUGGGCGUCCAUUUUAGUACAGACUGGUCCUGGAACCCGAGAUGUAGUCGCAGUCGAGUCGGACUUGAUCUCCUUCCUAUUGUGGACGCCCUUACUGCUCCUCCUCGACACCUUAGCCUUUUCCAAUUUCUUGACGGUCCUCUCCAAAGUUACUAAUCAUUAAAACUUCCAUGGAACCAAGCGUAAGCUCUAAAACACAAUUGACUAGGUUAGAACGAACCUGGAGAUUCAGCUUUUAAGCACGUGCUCGUGUUAUCGGUUCAUGCAUUGUUUGUAUGCGAGUGAUGUCCUCAUCAUCCCCCACUUGAAUUGGAGUCAUCCUGGACUUAGGCGGUGGUUAAUGGGGUGGCCGAGCAACCCCUUAUGUUUUCAAACUAGACAUGAGGAUUUCAUCCUUGGUGUUGAUGAGCUUCGUGGUGUGUCCUAG